ACGUGCGAGGCCCAGAGGCGUCGGUCUGUACAGGAUCUGUCAGGCAUCGGGACAGAGUCCAGCCAGGAAAGCCGGAACAGCAGCCGGUCCUCCAGUCCCAGUGUGAGGACGAUACAACCUGACAAAAGCAGCAGCAGAGGAUACUUCUCCCCCGAUGACCCCACAGGGAGUGUGGCUGUGGCUGAGGGAGUGUUCAGCAGCUCUGUCACAGCCAGAUUCUCUCUUUCUCUCCUCUUAGACACUAAUGGCUCAGACAACUCCAUUCCCAUGGCUUAUCUCACUUUGGAUCACCAGCUGCAGCCUCUGGCUCCCUGUCCCAAUUCCAAAGAAUCCAUGGCUGUGUUUGAGCAGCACUGCAAGAUGGCCCAAGAGUACCUGAAAGUGCAGACAGAGAUCGCCCUGCUGAUCCAGAGGAAGAACGAGCUCAUCGCUGAACUGGACCAAGAUGAGAAGGACCAGCAGAACACGUCACGCCUGGUGCAGGAGCACAAAAAACUGCUGGAGGAGAACAAGAGCUUAUCCACGUACUACCAGAAGUGCAAAAAGCAGCUGGAGCUGAUCCGGGUGCAGCAACAGAAGAGACAGGGCACGUCAUGA